AUGACGUCGUGUUCUGAUGGGUUCAAUCAGUUCAAGAUUCAACACAUUGCACAGCAGUCCAAGUUACUGUUAGGUGAAUCUUCCACUCUUGAUGAACUGUUCCUGUGUAGAAAACUUAACCUGGAGGGGAGUCAAACAAAUGCGUACCAACCGCUACAAAAUGAAUGUAGUUCAACCUCAAACAGGGAUGAUGCCACUGCAUUCAUAUGCAAUGAAGAGACGAAGGAAUUUCAACCUAACAGUGCAGAAACUGACCUAUUCCGAACGGGCCCAAGUUGUUACCAAGUUUCCCUUUCUUCGGUAUUUGUGAUAUCAGUGAUAUGUUUACUUGUAGUAGCAUGUCGUCAUUACAUCAGAAAUUUACUUCUGUGGUUAGAAGAAACAGAACCUGUUAUAAGUUGCACAAUAUUUUUGGUGCUAUUCACAGCAGUGUCAUUUCCAAUGGCAUGGGGGUAUAUGCUACUAAUGGUAGCUGCUGGAUAUCUUUAUGGGAUAUUAUACGGACCUCUAGUUGUUGUGACAUGUGGGGGUAUAGGGAUUCUAGUUGCACACCUAGUUAUGAAAAAUUUUUGCAAGAGUUGUAUUAUGAAAAGAUUCUACAACGAUAAAAUGGAAGCUGUGAUAAGAGUGGUGGAAAGCGGCCAGGGAUUUAGGGUGGUUGCUCUCUCCAGACUUACGCCCAUUCCAUUUGGACUCCAAAAUGGUUUAUUUGCACUGACAGAUAUACACUUGUUAACCUAUAUAGCUUCGUCCAUCCUGGGUUUGGUGCCUACAUCCAUUUUAAACUGUUAUAUGGGGACAACAGUGCGGUCCAUGGAAGAUGUGCUGUCCGAUGACUCCAAUAAAACUACUGGCUAUAUCAUAUUCAUUAUACAGAUUUUGAUAACUUUCCUAUUGUUAUGGUUUGUGGUGAGAAAAGGAAGAAUGGAGCUGAAGCGGGCCGUGGAGGGAGAACAGAAACCAGAAGUGAUACCUCUAACAGAGAUUAAGGAAGACAGCAGUUGA